UCUGAUGGGGAGUACCAGAAUUUAAGCUCUCAUAGAAACCAGAGACAGAGAUCGUGAAAAGGAGAUGGGAAGCAAAGAGGUUUCAUGGAAGUUAGCCGAUCACCCGAAGCUGCCGAAGGGAAAGUUGGUGGCGGUGGUGGUUUUGGAUGGUUGGGGUGAUGCUUCUCCCGGCAAAUACAACUGCAUCCAUGUCGCCGAAACACCUACCAUGGAUUCUCUGAAAAACACUGCCCCUGAUAAAUGGAGACUGGUGAGGGCUCAUGGUACUGCUGUUGGGCUUCCCACAGAGGAUGACAUGGGAAACAGUGAAGUAGGACAUAAUGCUCUUGGUGCUGGGAGAAUCUAUGCUCAAGGUGCAAAACUUGUUGAUCUUGCCCUUGCAUCAGGAAAAAUAUACGAUGAUGAAGGUUUCAAAUACAUUAAGGAAUCUUUUGCAAAUAACACCUUGCACCUCAUUGGAUUAAUGAGUGAUGGAGGUGUCCACUCUCGCCUUGAUCAGUUACAGUUGUUGCUAAAAGGUGCCAGUGAGCGUGGGGCCAAGAAGAUAAGAGUCCAUGUACUUACAGAUGGUAGGGAUGUUUUAGAUGGAACAAGUGUCACCCAUGCUGAAACCCUAGAAAAGGAUCUCUCAGAGUUGCGUGGGAAAGGCAUUGAUGCACAAAUUGCUUCUGGUGGUGGACGCAUGUAUGUCACUAUGGAUCGUUAUGAGAAUGAUUGGCAAGUUGUGAAACGUGGUUGGGAUGCUCAAGUUCUUGGUGAAGCUCCACACAAGUUCAAGAAUGCAGUUGAGGCGAUAAAAAAACUAAGGGAAGCUCCAAAUGCUAAUGACCAGUAUUUACCACCAUUUGUGAUUGUUGAUGAUGGCGGGAAGGCGGUGGGCCCCAUUGUGGAUGGUGAUGCGGUUGUGACAGUUAACUUUCGAGCUGAUCGUAUGACAAUGCUUGCUCAAGCUCUUGAAUAUGAAAAGUUUGAUAAGUUUGAUAGAGUCCGCUUCCCCAAAAUUAGGUAUGCAGGUAUGCUUCAGUAUGAUGGAGAGUUGAAACUUCCAAAUCAUUAUCUUGUAUCACCUCCAUUGAUUGAGAGGACUUCCGGUGAAUAUUUGGUCAACAAUGGUAUCCGCACUUUCGCCUGCAGUGAAACUGUGAAGUUUGGCCAUGUUACUUUCUUCUGGAAUGGAAAUCGUUCGGGAUGUUUUAAUUCUGAGAAGGAAGAAUAUGUGGAGAUUCCAAGUGAUUCUGGAAUUACAUUUAAUGAGAAACCAAAGAUGAAGGCUUUUGAGAUUGGUGAAAAAGCGCGUGAUGCUAUCCUUAGUGGAAAGUUUGACCAGGUACGAGUGAAUAUACCAAAUGGUGAUAUGGUUGGGCAUACGGGUGAUGUGGACGCCACAAUUGUCGCUUGCAAGGCUGCUGAUGAGGCUGUUAAGACGAUACUUGAUGCGGUAGAGAAAGUGGGUGGCAUAUAUGUCGUGACUGCAGAUCAUGGGAACGCAGAGGACAUGGUGAAACGGGACAAGAAAGGGGAGCCAAUAGUUGGCAAGGAUGGCAAAGUCCAAAUCCUAACCUCACACACUCUUCAACCAGUGCCAGUUGCGAUAGGAGGACCAGGGUUAGCGAGUGGUGUGAAGUUCCGUAAGGAUGUCCCAAAUGGUGGGCUAGCGAAUGUGGCGGCAACGAUUAUGAAUUUGCAUGGGUUUGUGGCUCCUGAUGACUAUGAGACCACACUUAUUGAAGUUGCUUAAUUUAUUAAUUAAUUAAUCAACACUUGAGAUUAUCAUGAGUUUUGGCUUCAUUUUUGCCAGUUUAGUGUGAGUUGAGGUCGACUCUUGAUGCUCAAAUAAUGUCUGUCUUUUUUAGAAUUGAAUGAGUUGGGUUUAAGUAAAAAAGCUACCAACUUAAUUUGGUUACAAGAGUUGGAUCAUGUUGGAUAAAAUUAUAUUCAUGGAAAUGGUUAUCAAGAAAAUAGUGAAACAGUCCG